AUGUUUGGGAACACGCGAAAUCCAUACUUGGACGAUCCAGUCCCGGAUGCUGGCAACGGUCAUUAUAGCAGCACACAGAAUAUCACGGCCCCAGCACCGACGACAUCGUCCUCGCUCACGUGGGAAACACGGAUUCAGUGUUUUAUUGGAUGCUUUCUUCUCUCUAUAAUCAGCUCGUUCUGUGCUGGUUAUCUAUUGCUGCUAACAAAGUUAAAUGGCUUCUGUAUAAUGUCGUCGAUUGGAGCGAUAUUGUCAUUGGCUAGCACAUGUUUUUUGAUGGGUCCAGUUGGACAAUGCAAGAAAAUGUUCGACAAGAGUCGGUGGUUGGCCUCGUUGUUCUAUGUGGGAUUCAUUGUGUUGGCACUUGUAGCAGGUUUGGUACUGGAGAAUGCCCCACUUGCGCUUGUUUCGAUUGGGGGACAGUACGCUGCCAUGGCUUGGUACUCACUUUCAUAUAUACCAUACGCUAGGGUAAACCCUGGAAUUAAUCUUAAUAUUACUGUUUCAUUGUUUGUCUUCAAUGGUAUCACCCCACGAGCUGGAGUGGUACGGGUUUCAGAGAAACUGUGGUUCGAUUCUUUCGGUCAUGUUGUUGAUUUUCGGAAGGUGUGGGCACUGCACGACGUUUCUCCAUGUUGUUCUGUACCAAAGAAAAAGAGCUGCGACUUCAUGGUCGUCACUGCCCUUCUCCAAUUGCUGUAA